AUGGUUAAAAUUGUCAUUGCUGGUGGCUCAGGAGAAGUCGCUCGGGAGGUCGUUGAUGCUUUAGUGGCUCUUAAGAAACACGACAUUACUAUCUUGAGUAGGAAGGAGGUGGGAGUUCAAGACAGCAACUGGCAUGGCGUUACAUGGCGUCGGGUCAAUUACGAAAACAGAGACGAACUGGUUACAGUUUUGCGUGGUAUUGACACCGUAUUGUCCUUCAUUCAGCUCCUUCAGGACCCAGGGAACAAGGCGCAAAAGAAUCUGAUUGAUGCCGCGGUCAUAGCUGGCGUGAAGCGCUUUGCGCCGAGUGAGUGGGGAAGUCGUAGCGGCGCAGGGAUGCCUUGGUGGAUGGGCAAAGACGAGGUUAAGGAGUAUUUGAAAAAGGUAAACGAGGACGGAAAAGUCCUAGAAUACUGUCUCUUCCAGCCCGGCCUGUUCUUGAACUAUCUUGCUACCCCGCAUAAGACCUCUAAACAUUUGACACCACUUAAUGCCUUUAUCGAUCUUCAUAACCGACGCGCUAUUGUCGUUAAGGGGCAUGAUUCCAUCAUGACCUACACCACUGUCCAAGACUUAGCAGCGGUCGUAGCUCAAGCAGUUGACUUCGAAGGCGAAUGGCCGUUGAUUGGUGGUAUCAGGGGUAACAGCCUUCCUGUCUCAAAAAUUAUCGAGAUUGGUGAGCAAGUUCGAGGAGGCUCUUUCACGGUUGAUAUAGUCGAAUUAGAAGACCUCGAAGCCGGAAAUCUAACAGCAUCGUGGAAUUUGGAGGCGCGCCACCCCAGCGUCGCGGAUGAGGAGGCAGCAAACAUGUUGAAAGAGGUGCUCGUAGGUAUGCUGCUGAGUAGUGCUAAGGGUGCUUGGGACAUAUCAGAUGAGUGGAAUCAGCGACUACCGGACUACAAGUUCACAGAGAUGAAACAAUUCCUGGGUGAAGUAUGGCAGGGAAAGCCGUAG